GGUCUCCAAUUUGAGCGUGAAAAGAGCGGGAAGGGGUUAAUCCCCUGUUUUUAGGGUUCCUGGUGGCUAUGGCGGAGCUCCGGGUGGCUCCAGCGCCAGUGGUUUUCAAUUUCUCCGUGGUGCCCAGGUUGCGCGUGGGAUUGAGGAGCUGGGGGAGAUUCUCGGCCGCCCACAUUGUCUGCCUCGCGAAGAAGCGAGUGAGUGACCAAGCUCCGGCGCCAAAAGUAGCAGAGCCUGCGCCGGUAAGCGAAGAUUUGCCAGAGGAGGACGUCGUUCUAGAGGGCCUGAAUGAGCUGGCAAACGAUGCGCUCCAAGUGAUGCUCGGCAAGAAAUCCAAGUCGGUGAUGGAUUGCCUGGAAGAACUGGAUGAGGCGGGGGAGUAUCUCGUCAAGGAAGGGAAGCUGGACGCCGCGAGGUUCGUGCUCGUCAUCAAAAACAUGCUAGAUCACCAAGUGAUAGCGGAGAAGAAUGAUCUCGAAGGAGCCUACAAGCGAGCUUUCGAAAGAAUUUGGAGCUGCGUCGAGGAUUCGGGAUGGUCGCUCGCGAUGCCCGAGAACGAAACUGGAGUUGAUCUGCUAGACGAUGAGCUGAUUCCCCCGGUUCUUAACCAAAGAUAAGGCACAUUCCGUCUUCUUUAGCAUCGAGGCAUAUUCUGUCA